AUGAAAAAAAAACUUCUUUAUAUAGAAGGAAAAUUUGAAGAAGCCAUAAAUUUUCAUGAACAAGCACUACAAAUUCGAAGGAAAUAUUAUUCUUCUGAUCAUCCUCAUAUUGCUAAUAGUCUACGUAAUAUUGGAGAUAUAUUCCAUAAAAAAGACAGAUAUGAUGAAGCUUUUGUAUAUUUUCAAGAAGCACUUACAAUUUUGGAGAAAUAUUACAAGAGUUUUCAUCCUGAUAUUGCUAAAUGUAUGUCGUCUAUUGGAUAUUAUUUUCGUGAACAAAGAAAUUAUGAUAAAUCUCUCGAAUCUCAUCAACGAUCUUUGACAAUUUAUGAAAAAUGCUAUCCCACUGAUCAUGUAUUUAUUCCUUUGACACUUAAUGAUAUUGCAGAUAGUCUUGGUGGACAAGAUAAAAACAAUGAGGCAUUGAAUGUUCAUUGUCGAGCAUUUCGAAUGCAUAAGAAAUUUAUUCAAUAUGAUCAUAUCGAUAUGUCUAAAUAUUUUUGUACACUUAGAUCUUUCUUCUCUGGUCAUAUUGAUAUUAUUUGUCUUUUGCAUAAUAUUGAUGUUGUUUUGAACAUCUUAGAAAAAUUUGAUGAUGCUAUGAUUUUUCAUCGACAAGCACUGACUAUGGAAGAAGAGUAUCAUCCAUCAUUUCAAGCUAAAAUAGCACAGACAUUCAUAUGGAUUGGACAUGUUCUUAGAAAUCAAGAGAAAUAUGAAGAGGCUUUAGAUCAUUAUAAACAAGCAUUAGUAAUGCAAAAGAGUUAUUAUCCUUUAGGUCAUGUGAAUAUAGCUUUUACACUUCAAAAUAUUGGUGCUAUUUUAUCCGAACAAGGAAAGUAUGAUGAAGCUUUGAAAUUCUAUCAGCAAGUAACAAUCGUGGUCGAAAAACAUGGUUUACAUAAUCGAUGUGACAUCGCUUUUAAUUUGAUGGGUUUCGGUAAUAUUCUAUGUAAUCAAGAAAAAUUGGAUGAAGCCAUCGAUUAUUAUCAAAGAGCAUUACAAAUUCAAAAAGAUUAUUAUGAUCAUUCAGAUCAUCCUAAUCUUGCUGAUACGAUUAAUAAUAUUGAUAAUCUACUUUGCAGUCAAAAGAAAUAUGAUGAAGCCAUGAAGUUUUAUAAAGAAGCGUUAAGAAUUCAAGAAAAAAAUUAUCCUAAUGGACAUAUCAAAAUUGCUAUAACAUUAAAUAAUAUCGGUCACGUACUGAUGAAUCAAACAAAAUAUGAUGAAUCACUCGACUAUUAUCAACAAGCAUACUCAAUACUUGUCAAAUUGGGAAGUUAUUAUCCUUUGGAUCAGUUACAGAUUGCUUUUUAUCGAAGUUACAUUAGUGAUGUUCUGCAUUUGCAAAAAAAAUAUCAAGAAGCUGUCGAAUAUCAACAACGUGCAUUAUCAAUUAGAGAAAAAUGUUUACCAUCUACUCAUAAGCAAAUUAUUACAAGUUGUAUCAAGAUUAGUCGUAGUUUAUGCAGUCAAAAAAAAUAUACCGAUGCACUUGAAUUUCAACAACGAGCUUUAUCAAUUGAGGAAAAAAUCGAACCAAUAAAUUAUAUGAAUAUAGUAGAUCGACUUUGUGAAAUUGGUAAGAAUUUUUUCGAUCAAGAAAAAUACGAUGAGGCUCUUGAAUUUUUUCAACGAGCAUUAACAAUAAUGGAAACAUCUGAUCCAUCUAAUCAUGGUUACAAUGCUACUUUACUCAAUAGUAUUGGUGAGAUACUUAAACAACAACAAAAAUAUGAUGAAGCGCUCACUUUUAAGAAUCGUGCACUUAAAAUGCGUGAAACUCAUUUUCCAUCAAAUCAUCAGCAUAUUGCCAGUAUUCUUAACGACAUUAGUAUUAUCUUUCACGAGCAAAAUAAAUAUGAUGAAGCACUAGAUUGUACUUUUUAUCAACGAGCUGUAGAGAUCAAAGAAAAAUUCGAUCCAACUGAUUAUGAAGGUAUCGUCAUUAUGCUUAUUACCAUUAGCAAUGAAUUCAAGCAUGGAAAAAAAUAUGAUGAUGCAUUGCAUUACUUAGAUCGAGAUCUCAACAUACGAGAAACUCACUUGCCAUCAACUUAUGAGCAAAUUUCUCGUCACGUCAACGGCAUUGGUCUUAUUCACAACGAACAAGAAAAAUAUAAUGAAGCUCGUCAGUAUUAUCGACGAGCAUUAGAUAUCACAGUGAAAUUCAAUGCGUCUGCUUAUGACGAUAUUGCUGUUUUACUCAGUAAUAUUAGUCUUACAUUUCAACGACAAGGAGAUUAUGUUAAAGCAUUCGAUUUUCGAAAUCGAUCACUUAAAAUACGAGAAACUCAUCUUUCAUCAAAUCAUUUAAAAAUUGCCGAUGGUCUUAACGAACUCGGUCAUAUUCUCUUAGCACAAAAAAAUAAUAAUGCUGAUGUACUUGAAGAUCAAAAAAAAUACAAUGAAGCACUUCUCUAUCGUCAACGAGCCUUAACAAUUAAACAAGAAUAUUGUUCAUCAGAUCAUGACGAAAUUGCAAAUAAUCUUACAGAAAUUGGUCAACUUCAUGCAAACCUAAAAGAAUAUGAUAAAGCUCUUGAAGUCUAUCAACAAGCAUUGUCCACCAGAGAACAAAUCUCUCAAUCUGAUCAAGUUGAGAAUGAUUAUAUUAUACAAUAUUUCAGUUUUAUUUUUUAUCGACCGACAAAGUAUACUAAUUGUUUACGAGAGAUCGAUCUUGUUUGGAAUUCAAAAACAGAUUAUGAUCGUGCUGCUGAAUAUUUCGAGAAAUGUCUAUGUAUUAGAGAAGCUAGUUUAUCUUUAGCUGGUGGAAGAAAAAAGAAAUCAUCGUGA